AUGGAAUCUCAAAACGCUCCUACAUCGCCUUCUCAGCUUUUAAUUGACGCUACGUCGUCACCAGCUACUCCGACUCGUAAAUUUCGCGGUAAAACUCAGCAACCACCAACAUUACCCAUACCUCAAAUCUGUGUGAACAAUAAUGACGAUGAUGGUGACGAUAAUGGUCAUAUAACGAUUCUCGACGAAUUUGAUCAGGUUCUAGAAAACGAAUCCAAACGUAUAUUAGUUAGUCGCACAUUAUCACUCAAACAACAUGAUUCCAUUGAUCAUAUUGGAGUACCUCUUGGUCAACAACGAAGUUUUUCCUUUUCGCUUGGUUCAAAACCAAAUAUAGCAGAGACAGUAGUUAUCGCCGAUGACGACAAUAAUGAUAAUGACGACGAUGAUGAUGAUGAUGACGACGACGAUGACGCUGACGAUGAUGAACACACGAGUUCGUCAUCGUCAAAAACGAUGAAACUGCCGGCUACACCAAAGUCAAGCUUGUCAAAGGAGACUUUUUCACGUCUUUUUCACUCAUUCACAUUUCGCUCGGGGAAUCAUUCGUCGUCAUCGAAACUCUCCGUGACAAAAGUAGAUCAUGAACAUAUUUGUCUCGCAUGUCAACAUUCUUCCAAUCUUGACCUAAACCCGAAGAACAAGCGACGUCCAUCGAUAUUUGGUGUCUUCGCUUCGAAGCUAAACACACCAUCCGAUCCCGCAUCGACUCGUUGCUCCAUAUGUAAGAAAACAUAUUUGAGACCAAGUUUAACGAUGAACGAUGAUCAACGACAAUUAUCACCAUCAAAAAUACUUCGUGAUCAAAAACAAUUACAAUUACAUAUAAAAAGACGUCAAAGUCUUCCAUCAUUAUUUCAUCAUCUGUUAGAGUCCUCAUCUGUAACCACGUUAAAUUCGAAUGUUGUCAAUGAUAACAUCGAUCACGAACAACAUCAUCAAACAACAUCGCUGAACAUAUCUCAUUCAUUUUGUUCAUUAACAGGAUCUGAUGAUAAUCAUGAGAAUAAUUCAUUAAAACGACAACGCACCAAUUACCAUGACUCAUCACAACAAGCUGAAAAGGGCGGCAUCAAAGACGAAAAUGAUAAUGAACUUGUCCCUGAGAUAGACGAACCCCAUGAUUCAACGACAACAAGCAACGUCGAAUUCACAUUAGAAAAUAACACUAUACAUCAACAAUUUCUACAUCCUCCCGAAGAAAAAACUCGUAGUUUAUUAACCAAUGUCUUUCGUACACGACGAUCCAAUCUAGCUUUGGAUUCACCUGAAACGAAUAUGUCUGGUAAACAAUUCAGUAUGUCAGUUCUUAAUCUAGCAACAUCAAUUAAUACAAGUCGAAGAAAUAGUGCAAUAGCAACAGUUAAUGAAUCAACAUUUGAUCCACGAAAACAUGCUUUAUCUGAAGAAAAUUUGCCAUCAGUGGAUAAUACGUAUAUUUAUUUCAACGAUAUCAAUGGGCAAAACUUCAAAGAAAAACUCAAAUAUUCCACUACAUCUGAAAACACAACAUUGAGAGAAAUGUUGAUAAAACUCUUCGAAAAGCAUAAUCUUUCCAUCGAUACAUAUUACAUUUGUUUACGAAGUGCUCCUACAUUACCAUUGUCCUUGGAUCAACCAGUUAAACAUCUUCUUUUAAAUGAUCUUGUCGUAACAGAAACAAUCAAUCCGGCUUUGGCGAAGACAUCAGCGGGAAAGGAACGAAAAGAGAAGCGGAAUUCAACGGGUUCAGCGGUAUUACCCUCGAAUUCCAAAGCAACAUCGAAACGUCUCUCAACGCAUUGUAUGAUGCUCGACAAUGACGAGAAUCAAGAUGCAAAAUCGUCCACUCGAAUCAAUAAAACCAAUCGAUCAAGUAUAUUCGCUGGAAGUAUAUUCACACGAGAUACAUCUGAGUUAUCAGAACGUAGCGAAAGUAAUCUCUCGUUUGUUCGUCGAAAAUGUGAAGAAUGGUUGACGCAUGGGCUGCCGAAAUUAGCUCAACUUCAAUGUUCGAUUGAUGAAUGUGAUCUGGUCAUUGAAAAAGAAUGGCAACCAUUUUUGACCGAACAAGCACGAUCGUCAAUGUCUGAAAACAUCAAACUACAACAAGAAGCGAUCUAUGAAUUACUUACAACCGAAGUUUCUUACAUACGUCAGAUUCUUACUAUGACGGAUAUACUGAUGACCAGUGUUAGCAUAUUGAAAUCAUCACAGCGUGAAGGAAUCUUCAACGAUAUUGAUAUGGAGAAGUUAUUUUCCAAUAUUCAAGAAGUUCUGCAUGGAAAUUUACUGUUUUGGAAAGAAAUUCUACUACCGAUUAAAGUCAAACUUAAACAGAAUGGUCUACCAAUGAAUCCAUCUGACUUAAAAAACGGAUUUGUCAAUUUUGACGUCUAUUUCAAAUCGUAUCUACACUACGUUCUUGAUCAGAAAACAAGUGCCGAGUAUUUCAAACAGAGGCUUUCGCGCGAUGAAUUGUUUCAAUAUUUGAUCUCGUGGAUCGAAGGCAAUUAUACGAAUCGUUUAUCAUUUUCGGAUUUGACCAUCAAACCUCUUCAACGCUUAACUCGGUAUAAAUUGCUACUCGAAGCUAUCCAAAAGAAAACAAACGAUACGCAGCAAAGACACGAUCUACAUGAAAUGAUUCAAAAAGUGGCAACGUUUGUCAAUCGAGUGAAUUCGAAGCUACAUAAUCAAGAGCAAGAAGAACGUAUUCGUCAGAUAAAUGAUCGUAUCGGCCCAUAUGAAUAUGUUUCAGCACCACCUGAACUCUCUUCGAUCCUUCAAGAGUAUAACCGUGAUGCAUUAUCGAAUCGCUUGGAUCUUCAACAAGAUAUGCCAUUACAUGUUCGUGGGUAUCGCCGUCAGAUUAUUCAACAAGGACCCAUGAAAAUGAAAGAUGCUAAGAAUAGUCAAGAUGUUUAUUGUUAUCUCUUUUCCGACAUGUUUCUUAUCACCAAAGGUGGCAAACGAAGUGGUUCAACAAAUUCGCCCUUGACAUCUUCUCACAGCGAUGGACAAUCCAAUCGUCUAUCAUCAAAUAUAGUAAAUAAAAUUCUCAAACCACCGAUACGCAUUGACCGUAUCGACGUUCGUGAAUAUGAUCGUCGUGGUGGCAAUAGUAAUAAUACAGAACCAAACACGGCAUCAUUUGUUGCAUUGAUCUUUUCGGAGUAUAAUCUUAUCGAAAGUGGUUAUUUGUUUCAAACGAAUUUGAGCAAGCAAUGGAUAGAGAAUAUUCGAACAACGAAAGCGAAUUUUCUAUCGCUAAUGGAAGAAUCUAAACUCAAGUUUCAAACUCUCCAUGCAACGACGAGUUCAUCUGUGUCAACCAAUACAGCUCCAGAAUGUCCAUCGACGCCUUCCUCACCAUCUAUUGAUAUACCUGUAUCGAAUACGGAAAGUCCAAAUCCCGGCACUGAUGACGCUUCUCGACGUUCAUCGAAAGUUGAAUCGGAUGUGUUUAAAAUAGUCGAACAGACACGACGAAAUUCCCGUACAGACCGAAAGAAUUUCGGUCGGUACUUCACAGCGGAUGGCACAAGUACACAUGACACAAAUUCAGCAGCCACUCCAACGAAACAAAUCUCCUCAUCAUCAAUCACGAUUCUCAAACGGAUGUCAUGGAAUAAUGAACAGUCAAGUGAAAAGAAUGAUUCAUCUUUGAUUACGAAUUCCUUCCGUAGUGUACAUAGUUCAAGUGGUGUUAGUUCCACAGGAUCAUUUUUAUUCAGCGCAGAUGAAGAUUCAUCAGUAACGACAACGACGUCAUCGUCCGUACCCUCAAUUGUUCCAUCGAUAAAAAACGAAGAAUUGGAUGGGAAAAGCUCAAUAACAACUGUUAUAGCAAUAGACGCUCAACCUCGACAAAGCGUUUCCUAUCAAGGACGGGAUGAUUGUACGAAAAAUGAUUUAGAAGCAAAAAACAAUCAACAAUUAAACACACAACUAUCAUCCUCAUCAAGUACGAGUACACUUACAUCGAACAAUCAAAUAAUAGCAGACACUCCAUCAUCUUUGACAGGUCAAACAUCCUCACCAUCACCGGAAUCUUCUCUUCGUCGUACUCCAUAUGCAAGUGUUAAAAAACGCACUCAACCUCAUCGACCUUCAUGUCAACAACAGCAACAGCAACAGCAGCAGCAAGGUCAUCGUCGUCAUCGAAUAUUUGAUGAGAAUGACGUUGGUUCUUCCAUUCAUCUCAACGUGUAUGAUUCACCAAGAUCUCUGGAUGAACAAAUAUCUCUGCGAACAAAGCAUUCAUCUGACGAUAGUCCAUCUCUUAUUGCUAGUGGUAAUGAGAGUGAUUAUGAUAAUAACCGAUCAACGACUGUUCGACUACCGGUGAAUACGUUUGUUUGUUCUAAUGAAUUGAUACGUACAGACGAUCUUCUAUUGGGCGAUCAAAAUGAAAUUACACUUCAUAAUGAUACUCAUAUUGAAAAUUCUAACAGUCAACAGUCAGAUAUUAUUAGAAUAUCAUCGUCAUCAUCAACAAAUCCUUCCGCGAAAACGAAUAUCCCAUCAUUAGAUGACAGUGCACCGUCACCCAAUCUUCUCGCCUACCGUAGAGAUUCUCUAACAUCGCGACGAUUAAUUGAUAUUCGAAGUCAUCUGUUACUAAAUACAACACUCGAUGCUACGUAA